GAAUGCAAUAAGGUAGAUUCCUGUCGCGGAGUCACGAAGCGACGCGGCAGGUACAGCAGUUCUCUACGCAAAAUGUGCCUGUGCUAAUUUUGCGAGUGCUGCUUUCCCACACAUCUACAGUACAUAAGCAAUCUCCCGCUUAUGUCGCCGCAUGUCGAUGUAUUGGGCGUCAAACUUUGAUAUGUAUAGACAACCAAUAUGGUGACGUCCACCCGGGGAUUAACAUGCGUUUAAAUGGGGCAAUGAGUUGUUUAAAAGUUCAGAUGUCGCUUACGUCUAUUCCAUUUAAAUGCAUCUUAAACCCAGGGUACUGUUGUCUGUACGCCACCAUAAUGGUCGUCUAUAUAUAUAUAUAUUAAAGUUUAACACGAAUGAGCUGCCAAGACAUGCGCGCAUACACAAGCAAACACAUACAGGCGAAUGCUCUUACGCACUAUUCCAGUAUCUCCUCGAGUCCCACAUUGCGAAAAGUUACUGCGAAAUCGUUCUUUCAUGCGUGUAUAUGUGCCUAUAUAAAACUGACUUAGGUGUUUUAUAGCUCGCAUACACAUACAACGAAAUAUGAGAGAGAAAAAGAGAGGUACACAUGUACACAGCCUCGUGCUUGUGUCUUAGUGGUUGUGCGUAAACGAGGAAAGGAAAGCACAUAAAACUGCAUUAGUAGCGAUCUGGCAGCGAAGGUUGUGUUACACGCGAAAAGCGCUCGAGUUUAAUAUAAAGGAAAAAAACAAAAGUUACGUGUAGCACUACAUACAAUAUGUCGCUGGCGAUUUUCUCAGCGAUUAAUAGAUAAUUGCUAAAACUGUGAGACAGUGUGUGUGUGUGUGUGCUCUACACCCCGUGAGUAGCUGCUGCUGCGUUCAAAAAUUCCAUUCGCGAGACGAUAUACAAACACACAUUUCAAGAAGUCUCAAUACUCGCGAAGAGAAAGUUUUCCUUUCUUUCGUUAUUCGGAUAUCCUUUAUACGGACGUGUGUGUAUAUGUGUAGCUUCAUCGUUACGGGCUCGCUUAGCUUCUGCUUUUGGAUUUUACGGAACGCAUAAGUAUGAAGACAUGAAAACUCAUACACUGCCGAAUUGAAACAUGCGUGACAUAACGAAGCAUUCUACGUGAUAACGUGAUAUAAGGAGCAGCUAUAUUGACUCUACAGUGUCUCUCAUAAUCAAUUAAUCGCUACUCCUACCUCGCAGAAACUUCGCAUUUUUUCCUGCUCUUUCGAAACGCCUCGACUUCUGCUGCCCGUUGAAAGAAUUCCAAACUUAUUUUUAUUAUUAAAAUUAGCACAACUUCAAUAUGGGGCUCCUGUUUGCGAAACUAUGGAGUUUCUUUGGAAAUGAAGAACACAAAAUUGUAAUGGUUGGCCUCGAUAAUGCUGGCAAAACCACUAUUCUUUAUCAGUUUUUGAUGAAUGAAGUUGUUCAUACAUCGCCUACUAUAGGUUCUAAUGUUGAAGAGGUUGUGUGGAAAAACAUUCAUUUCAUAAUGUGGGACCUGGGUGGUCAACAAAGUUUACGAGCAGCUUGGUCAACUUAUUACACUAAUACAGAGUUCAUUAUUGUUGUCAUCGAUAGCCAAGACAGAGAACGAUUAGGAAUUAUCAGAGAAGAACUUUACUCAAUGCUUGAAAGGGAUGAACUUAGUAAGGCAGCUGUUUUAGUAUAUGCCAACAAACAAGACCUAAAAGGAAGCAUGACUGCUUCUGAAAUUUCAAGACAGCUAGAUUUGACAUCUAUUAAAAAGCACCCUUGGCACAUACAGAGUUGUUGUGCGCUAUCAGGAGAAGGGUUGUAUCAAGGAUUAGAAUGGAUUGUGGAGAGAUUGAAGAAAUCAUGACGAUACAAUUACUAAAAAUAAGGAUUAAUAUAGAGUAUAAAGUAUGAAAAAAUGCAACUGCUUUCAGAAGUCAAAAAUACUGAAGACUAUCAAAAAUUCCAACAUCCUGAAAUGAUGAAUUUAGUUUUAUCAUUCCAGGAUCUAUUUUAUUGUGUAAAUUUGUUAUUGACUAGAAAAUUUUCUGUUUAUAAUUCCAGUUCAAGAAAGUGACAAAACAUUUUGAAUCAUAGUUAAUUAGAGACACACUUGCCCAGAAUGGUACUUUCAUGUAUAUAGUUUUGAUAAUUGCACAUAAUGAAGAGCUUCUGCUGUAUAAAACUUAAAUGUACAUUGAUGUACAUUGAUUUGUCGAUAUUGACAAAGUAAUCAAGAGUUAUCUUUCUGUGUGUUUUCACUAUGAGUAAAGUAAAGAACUAAAGACUUUCUGACAAGGUUAAAUGUGCAUCCAUUUGAGAGCAUAAAUGAUAAAAUUAUUUAAAAAGCAAGUUAUAUGUAUACUCUGUGAUACACAUCAAAUUUUCGGUAAAACAGCCAUCUUUUUUUACAAAGAUUUUAUUUCAACUGUAACAGUAUUAAAUAUGACCAAAAAUUUGAACUAGUGAGAAGAGUUGACAUCUCCACUCCUUGUUCAUUCAUAUUUCUUACGAUAAACGUCACAGUAUGAAAAAUUUUAUUUUACUUACUUAGUAAUCUGGUAGCUAAAUCAUUUGAUAAAGAGAAGGCUGUCUUAUCUCGUAAUUGUUCGAAAUAUAGAUGCAACAGCUAGUUUUUUGUGACUAUAUGUCAAAUUUUACUAGCUCAAGAUAUGAUUUCAAGUCUAUUCUCAAAUUAGAAAAAUUCUAUAAUUGUUAAAGAGAUUAUCGAAAAUGGAAGACCAAUUGAAUAAUCUAGUAAUUUACUGUUUAGCUUGAAUGCAAAUGUAAAAAUGAGACAGUAUAAUUUUUUCUCAUAUUGAGAAAAAGAUCAUUUACGAUACACGUCAAUGAGAUUUUUCGUUUUUAAUGAUUUCAUUAAUUCUAAUAUUUUUACUUUUGAUACGAGUUCUCGUAUUUCCUCUCCAUUCAAUUGUUACUUUUAUCAUUCAUAUUUGUAAAUUAAAAUAUUUAUGUAUUAAUUGAAAAAAAAUUGAAACCAUUUUAAAUUUUACUCAUUGUAAAUCAUUGUAUCGCGUCGAAUUUUAUUAUAGAAUUUAAUUUGAUUAAGAAAAAAACCAACGUUAAUUCAUAAUAGAAAUAAAA